AUGCCGUAUUCUAGUUCAACACAUAUGUCAUCUACAAAAAACUUAAAUGAAAGUGAUAAAAAGUCAGGAGGAUGGGUUGACGCCAGCAAUGAGUCGAGACAUCGGCCAGGUACUUUUCGUUCGCGGAACGUCAGCUUUGAACGAUUUUUUGAUGUUCAACGACAGCAUGACAGAUUUUCAACCCAGCAACAGUGGUCUCCAAGAACUAUUAGUUCUGAUCAUUCUAGAAACUUAGAGAAAUCAUGGAACAGUGGUGUGGAAGCAAUGAAAGUUGAUUAUUCGAAGCUUGAUCUUCCUCCCAUCCAGAAAAAUUUUUAUAAAGAGAGCUCUUCGGUGACAAACAGGAGUGAGCAAGAAAUAAAAGAAUGGCUUGAGCAAAAUGAAGUUACAUUACGAGGAAAAUCGAUUCCUCGACCAAUUUUUGAAUUUGAUGAAGCAGGUUUCACAACAGAAAUUUUGCACAAAAUUGGUAUGUCUGGUUUUCAAAAACCAACUGUGAUACAGUCGAUAUCUUGGCCAGUUGCUUUACCAGGUUAUGAUAUGGUUUCUAUUGCGAGAACUGGCUCAGGAAAAACAUUAGCGUACAUAUUGCCGGGAAUCAUGCAUCUUCAAAAUCAGAAACAAGUCGCAAAUAUUCGAGGUCCUGUAGUUCUUAUUCUAGCACCGACGAGAGAAUUAGUGCAGCAAAUCAGUUCUAUGACGACAAAUUUCUACCACAAAGUUGGAUGUGCUUAUGGAGGUUCUGGUCGUGAAAAGCAAGCCACAAUUAUUCGUUCUGGUAUCGAUAUUUUAUCGGCAACACCUGGGCGCUUACUUGAUUUUCUCGUUGCUGGAAUUUUAAAUCUACAACGAUGCUCUUAUUUAGUGUUAGAUGAAGCUGACAGAAUGUUGGAUAUGGGGUUUGAACCUCAGAUACGUAAAAUUGUAUCUAUGAUUAGGCCAGACCGACAAACACUGAUGUUCUCAGCAACGUGGCCAAAAGAAGUACGUACUUUGGCAAAAGAUUUUCUUACGGAUCCUGUGUUUGUUAAUGUUGGAUCGUUGAAACUUGCUGCGAAUACUAAUAUAAACCAACUGAUGGAAGUUGUCGAAGAAAAUGAGAAAGAAAACAAAUUACUGCAGUUCUUAAAUCAGUCGUCAAACCUGUCACAAAAUAAAACGCUAAUAUUUGUUGGCAUGAAGCGUACAGCGGAUUGGCUGGUACGAUUAGUACGUAAGCAAGGAUAUCCAGCUUUGUCUAUACAUGGUGAUAAGUCACAGACAGAACGAGAUAUCGUCAUGAAUGAUUUCAAAAGUGGUAGAUGUUCGAUACUAAUAGCUACAGAUGUUGCUGCUCGCGGUUUGGAUGUAAAUGACAUAAAAUUUGUUGUCAAUUUCGACUGUCCAAGAAAUGUUGAAGACUACAUACACAGAAUAGGAAGAACUGCCCGCCAUGACAAGACUGGCACAUCUCUUACCUUGUGUACUUCCAAUGAUGCCUCAAUAGCCAACGAUCUGAUCCAAGUUUUGAAACAAGCAAAGCAAAUAGUUCCUAAGGACUUGCUUGCGCUUGCCAAUGAACGACGACUUAUUAGGUUGUUCUUAUGGCUAUUUAAAAAAAAAAGAGUGAUUAUAAAUAAAAAUUUGGAAGAUGCCACGAAAUUUCUGAUCAGUAAGAAAAAUUUACAAUGGGCAAUGGACGAUUGCACCAAAUACAAGAUUUUCGACCUUUGUUGGUUUGUGAAUGCGUUUAAUUGUUGA